GUUAGUCGCAACCACGCUCAAUACUGAGGAAAGCGAGGUCAUAUUCAUAAUCAAGGACCAGGUUGUAGUUAUUCCUGAAGUUUUAAACCUUUCUAUGUAUGUUCAAGAAUUCACUAUUUUCUAUGUUCUUACCCCUGUAAAAGUGGGUGGUUUAGCAGGGGUGGCAGGUAAUUGGUUGCCUGUCCUGUGAAAUCUUCUAGUCUCAGAGCAGAGUUUACAAAUGCCUUCGGACAUUCCUACAGUGCGUUAUUAUCGUGGAUAUCGGGGCCUGUUUGCGAUGAGGACGCAGAGAGAGGUGGCUGGCAGAAGAAGGAAUUGGCAAAGCGAGAGCUUAUUCGGUAAUGCUUAGCCGGGCUUUAUCACAGUAUUAGCAGCAUCCGAGUUUGCACUUGGGAGGUGGGCAAAGUACUUGGAUGCGUUGGCCUAAAUCUACCGAUGUCCUUAGCUCUGAAAGCUGGACAUCGCAUGUGCGAAGUUUUGGUGUUCAGAUUGACCCUAGUCCUGCUGCAGCUUAUCUUGAUCUGAAUAUGUGCUUCAUCAAUGGAGAGGGUAGUGGUACUUCUUUGGAGUGGGCAAGUGAGCGGAAGCUCCGGAUAUGUAGGGCUUUCAAGGAAGGAUGUGAAAGGAGAAGAUUCUCGGCACCUAAUCACAACUAUUCAUACCACAACCUGAAGAAGGCAGGUGGUGAGCAGAGAAAGAUUCAUAUUCGAACCUUGGUUGCUGUCAUGGGAUGUGGUAUCGAGUGGGUGAAGUGGAUGGGCGCCAAUGUUCUUGAGGACUGGGACACCGGAUUGCUGGUGAAAGGUGUGCAGCGUUUACUGGAGCACGAGAAGCUCAACACCGAGAAAGGUAAGGAGAUGGAACCAUUUGUUACGAGCUAUAUGGAUGAGAGGGGUGGAAGAAGAGAGGCAGAAUUGCUGCUCGAUCUAUCUAGGUAUCUGAUGCAUUAUGCUCUGCCCUGGACGUCAGAGGGAGCUAUGACCCCUUACGAACCCGUGUGUGUUGUCAGUCGAUCAAGAGAAUAUGAUGCAGGAACCCGAGAAUGAACAAGUAAGGGAGGUA